CUCCAUUUUAACGAAGCACGUCUGCGGUGAAGCUCAUAACGAUUCUGUAAGGAAGACGCUGGUUUGGAGAUGAUCAGUCAAAGCAUGAUGAAGUGGUGUGUUUGGGCACUUCUGUUGUUAAGCAUGGUAGGACUGGUAGCCAUGGCAACAGGUUCUAAUGGAUGUAAUAAAGCGAUAUGUGCCAGUGUGGUCAGCAAGUGUAUGUUGAUCAAGUCUUGUGAGUGUGAUAUGACCAAUAAAAGGAACUGUACAUGCUGUAAGGACUGUCACAUGUGUUUGGCCAAACACUACCUGCAUUGCUGUUCCUGUGUUGGUAUGUGUGACCCUCCAAAAGCAAAUGAGAACAUUCAGAGGACAAGUGCAAUUGAAGACUUGAAUGAUCCUAUUCCUGACCUGUUCAAUGUGCUAACUGAGGAGGACGAUAUCUUACAGCGCUGGUCCAUCCACCGUUAUCCUGUACAUGAUGACUCCUAUAUCUACAAACCUCACCAUGUAGACAUGGACUUCUCCACAAACAUGGAGCAGACAGACAGUGAUACAGUGUUGAACUGUACCGUGGCUUUCAUGUCGCAGUGCAUGUCAUUGAGGAAGUGCAAAGACUCGUGCAAGUCCAUGGGGGCUGCACGGUACCGCUGGUUCCAUGAGCAUGGCUGCUGUCAGUGCAUCGGCAACUCGUGUCUGGAUUACGGGAUUGGGGAGGAGAAGUGUUUACGCUGUCCCCUGCCGGACGGGGAACAAGAGGAAGAGGACGAUUUGGAAACAGUGGAGGCAGUGGACUAUGAGAACUUGAUAGCAGGGGAGGCAGCCAUGAUGGAAAACUCCAUGGACUUUGAUGAGGAGUAGGGUAUCUGCUGAACUGCUCAGUUUGAAAGAAAAGUUCCAAUAUAGAUGGUGUUUGAAACUAUUUUUGAUCUACAUUAUGUGGGUUUGAGCUCAACGUCUCUACAUUGCUUGAGGUGACUAAUGUGCUCUUUAAAUGGGCCAUGAGUGCAUGUGUCUGUUUUGAGAUGUUUCUGUGAGCUGUUGAUGGGAUCAAGUCUGAAAUCGAUCCUUCGAGAGAUACAAGGAAGUUUACUUCAAAUUGUUUGAUAACUGGUAUUAAAAAUCAGUCACUGAAUUUUCAGUGAACGCUUGUCAAACCUCACAUACCCUGGUUAUGAAACUCCCACUACAGUGAAACAAGCACAUAUUCUUCCAACAGGUGGUGUACUUUUGCUGGUUAUGUGGCACAGAUCAUUUGGUGUACUUAUUGGCAAUUGCUAUGACAACGAAAUAAUUGUGCACUCAGUGGUCUCAAGGUCCAUGGUAAUGUGAGCAGCAUAGUUUUUAUACCAGUAUACUCUUUAUCUACAUAGUACAUGUAGUUUGCAUUAAAACUGCCGGCUGAAAUAUCAGUGUGAUUAAAUCAGGUGUAUAAUUAUUGUCAGUUAAAUUUAAAAUGAUGUCAAAUCAAAGUGGUGACAGUGUUAGCUGCUAGUUUAGCUUUAUGCAAGGUAUUAUUUUGAUAAAAUGGAUCAUGCAUACUGAUUUGUACAUGUCUCUGAUGUAUGUAACAGUGCACAAUACAGAACAAUUGGCAUUUAGACUACAAAAUUUGAAAAGCAACAAAGAACCACUGGAACAUAAUGGAUCAGCCAGGAAUACAUUUCAUUUUUGAACAAUACACAUUCUAUUCACAGAGACAAUCUUUUGUACAGAAAAGAAAUGGUUGUGGUAUAUAUAUCAUUUUUAAUCAGAGACAACUUUUAUGAACUACUUUAAGCGAAAGGGCACAUGCAUGAUGUGUGGUGGCCGUAACUUGUACUUAAAUUUGUAAUUUUGUAGAAUGUAUAUAUUUCAUCAUUAUUCUUGUUUUGCUUGUCCGUCCAUACCUCAUUUUGUAAGUCAUGUCAAUACUGAGUACAUUUAUAAUUUAAUGUGCUUGAAUCAAAAUUUCAGGUCAGGUUUUUUUACAUUAAUGUUUCAGUAAAACUGACCAUUUUCAGUAUCAGGAAGCCUAACUUAGAACAGCAUGUGCCACAUGAAAAUUUUGUCUUUUAUUAGAAUUUUGCAAUAAUUUACCUGAGCAAAUGUGAAUGUUCUUCUGUUUUUGUAGUAUUUUUACAUAUUCUACUUUGCUCCGUAAACCAAAAGGGAACCAUUUGUAUUAGCAAAGCCUGUGGAGUAUUUUACACAUGAAUACGUCUUGAUAUCAUAUGAUUAACUUGGUGAGGUGCUUAAUUGUGAAUAAAUCCAAAUACUAAAUUUACAGAUUUCCUCCAGUUUUGCACUUUGUGGCAAAACUGGUUACAGUGUUGUCAUCAUCAAUACCCUUAGAAACCAAUUUAUUAAUAAUGCUUGCUCUAUAUAAUUAGCAUUUUGCUAUUGCAAGGAAUUGAGCUUGUGUCAGUUUGUACAUUAUUUUUAUACAUGUAUAGUUGUAGAAGGGCUACUUUUAUAGUGGUUUCGUGUUAUAUUUUUAUACAACUGUAGUUUUGAUUGUAUAGUUGUGGUAGUUCUGAAUUGUGUAAGUCGUUAUAUACAUAAUUUGUACAAAAACCCUGCGAAAUCAUUAACCCAUAGCAUAUAUGUUAUAUCCAGUUAGCCUUGAAAGAAAUGAAAUGAUUUAACCUUGGUUACUUCAGACAAGGUGUGAAAACUAACAAACAACCACAGCCUUUCCUUUUUGACAUGCUUGGUGCAUGUAACUGUAUAAAUCAAUAUUUAAUCUGGAAUUCUUAUGAAACCAGCAGAUAGGCCAUAUUGGGAAACACAUGUGAUUUCUGACACGCAGCUUUCAGAAGAAAAAAAAAUUGAACUGAUUGAGUAAAAUUGACAACAGCAUCACUUUUUAUUUUGUGAACGAUUUUGCUUACUUUGAACUGUGAUAUCUCAGUUUAAUUCACAACAUCACGGAAACAUAAUGGUAUGCUUUUUAAACUUUGGGUGGGAUACUUUUUCAAUGUAUAUUUGAUCUAGUGUUGUCUUCAAUUCUGUUUGAAACUGAAUAAAGCAGAUGCCAUAGAUGUAACUAUUACAAAGAGAAACAUUAAAACUGGAUCACAGUGAACAUCAGAUAGUUCUGAUAAAAUAUAUAUUUGAAGAGAAUUGUCAUUUCCGUACUGCCAUAAUUAUCCCUUCGCAAAGACAGAUUUACAUGAGUAUCAGAUUUUUAUUGAUGAGGAUGUGUUACUUUUGCACCAUGUUUUUAAUUCACCUUGGUGAUUAGCUGCAGUUCCCUAAGCCUUGUUAAUGUUGCUUUUAUCAGUCAAAUUUGUACCAAAGAGUCUCUUUUUGUAACGCAAUUCAUGCAAUACUGCCAAAAUCCCACCACAAGUGUAACUCUGUUAAUUUUCCAAUUAUCAAGGAAAUCUAAAACCUGUUUUAUAUUUCAGUUUGAUUACAGAUGUUUAUUAAAUAUCCAUGCUUUUACAACUCAUACUAUUUACCUCAUGACUUAACAACUGACAAGGGAAGUUUUACACGUACAGGUGAAAUGUGUACAGUUUGUCUUAGGUUGUACAUGUAUGUAUUUCUGUUCUCAUUGACAAGGAUUGUUGCCAGUUCAACUAACUUACUGAGUGUGCGUCCUGCUGGCGGGCAUGUAGUCAUCCAUCAUAUCUGGUAAAAGCGAUGUUAAAUCCCAACUAACAUACAUAUAUCUGGUUAAAAGAAUUUAUAACUGAUGGCCCCCUUAGUGCUACUAAUUCCUUGAUUUAUAUUUUCGCCUAUAACACAACAUUACAUAAGAAUGAUCAGUCAUGUUAAACUGUACUUCGAACUGGUUUUAUUCCUUUCCAUUCCGUCAAUUACCCUAGGUACACGUUCAAAGGGCAGGAAAAGCUUGCAGUUUGCCAUGUGUUCUGUAUGUGCAGGGGAGACAAUCAUGAUUUACCUAGGAUAAAGCUUCCAUUAAGCUUACCAAAGCCCAUCAACAUUUUGUAUUCAUGCACUUUGUGAAGACAUUUUAUGUUGUUCUUUGAAAUGUUGUAUUGCAUUCAGUAGAAGCCUAUGCAAUUUACUGAUUUGCUAGCUUUUAUAAUGUUUGGGUAUACAAAGCCUCAAUACAUUUGUAAUAAAAAUUGUUAAUGAUACAUA